AUCGCGCCUACCCAAGCCUCGUCUUGCUGCAACUCCUCAACAACUACAUAUUACACUCCCAUAGCAGCUGCACCCCGAUCUCCAUCAACGCACUACGAUGGUCGCAAACCUGCGGAGUCGUACUGAACGUAAGCCGUCCUUCCUUUCAUCCUAUUGCCCCGUCUCCCGCGAGCAGGAGAAUUACAUGAUGGUCGCCGCAUUGCUCCGCGUCGUUGGCGGCAACCCACCCGAGCUCCCGCAGGCAGGCGCCUGUGGGAUGUGCGGCAUCGGCGGAUGCCUGGGCUGCGACUCCUCCGUCUUCGCUGCGGAUGGAGAUGCGGGUCCGCCGGCUCCGGUGGUGUCGGAGGGCAGCGGCGAUGGCAAGAGGAAGGUGGUGAGGAGGAAGAGGAGGGGGGAGAAGAAGGAGAACAGGUACCGGGGCGUGCGGCAGCGACCGUGGGGAAAGUGGGCGGCGGAGAUCCGGGACCCGAGGCGGGCGGUGCGUAAGUGGCUGGGGACGUUCGACACGGCGGAGGCGGCGGCGCGGGCCUACGAUGCGGCCGCCAUCGAGUUCCGCGGGCCGCGGGCGAAGCUCAAUUUCCCCAUCCAGGAGGAGCAACCUCUGGUGACUACCCAACCCAUCUCGCUGUCUUCCACGAUUCACCUACAGGAACAGCAGCUUGGAAUGCAAUGGGAAGAGGACGAAACGGACCAACAUUUGGGGCAGGAGUUGAUGGAUUUGUGGGCCGAGCUACAGGAUGAUGGGCUCAGCUUUGGUUUUUAGUUAUGAGCUGUGCAAAUAUGUUGUUCUGUUGUUCGAAGCAAUUUCUUGUCUUUUCGUUACAUGUAAUAGAAUCGUGGGAUUGUUUUAGGCA